AUGGCCUUCGCAGGAUCGCCGGACAGGGACGAAAUCACCAAAACGACGUAUGAGGCAAUCAUGAAAGAUAUGCUGAAGACCAUGAACAGGAUCCCAUCUUACGAGCAGCUCCCGUGUGCUCAUAUUUACGACCAGAUCGUUGCUCGGAUCAGUCAAGUGACACUGAACCAGAAGUUGGCCAAGAGGGUAUCGAAGGUGGCUGCCCUGGUGGCAAUCUACUUCUACCCAUGGCAUGAUGAAGAUGUCCAGCUGGUCAUCGGGAUGUACACGGCAUUCUAUCUUGUCCUCGAUGACGAGGGCGACACUAUGGUUGCAGAGAUUAGCCAGUUCCGGCAACGGCUGUUGAAAAGCGAAAAGCAGUCUGCCCCCUUCGAAAUGCUCGCUUACUUGUUUUCCGAAUUCGACCGCGUAUUUCCAUCAAUGGUCGCCAACAAGCUCUUUGCGGGCGUAUUAGCUUCCCUGACGAGCUUGGAGAUUGAGCUGGAUCGGUCCACCGAGUUUACGGGCGUUGGGUCCCCCAUGUUUGCAAAAUACUUCCGCAACAUGAAUGGGAGUUCCGAGGCCUACGUCUAUUUCCUGAUGGCGGAUAAGGAGGUCACGGCAGCACAACACAAACAUUUUCUGCAGGCUGUGCCAGAACUGUGGAAUAUCACAGACGAAAUCAAUGACUUGAUGUCAUUCUACAAGGAAUCGAUUGGAGGUGACGAACGAGACACGUAUGUCUAUCACCAGGCACGAUCGACGGGAGUGUCAAUCCAAGAGGCUCUGAGGAACUUGGCAAAGGAUAUUGUGCGACGAAGACAUCUCAUUGGAAGGAUCUUUCAAGAUGACGAUCUAUUGCGUGAUAAGGCAGAUCAGUAUAUCACUGGACAGAUCGAGUUCUACCUCACCUCGGAAAGAUAUCGUCUUUCUGAACUGCACCUGGCAUGA